AUGGGAAAGAUAACCAGAGUGAGAACAGGUUGUUGGACUUGUAAAAAACGGCACCGGAAAUGCGAUGAGACUAAACCAUUCUGCAACAACUGCAUUAAAUCAGGACGAAAAUGCGAAGGAUAUGAGCUACGGCUUUCAUUUGACUUUUUUCAACAGUGUGGUGAAAAGAACAAAAAGGUGCUGCAUCGAGUGAAUCAAAAUGGGCCAAAAGAAGCUACAGUAAAAAUAGAGAAUGAAGAGAUAUCUAGAGAGCCCCCAAACCACUUAUAUAAUUUCGCACAGGGUAAGAUUGAACUUCAGCAGGCUACUAAGGAGGAAGAAAUGUUGCAGACCCCUCUACUCAAAACCACCUCAUCCAGCACAAACUUGAACCAAUUUAGCAGUACCUUAUUUGAAGAUCUUCAAUCACUCCUAUCCUCGUCUAUGAGCGAGCCACUGAUAACGAAUGAAGCAUUACACGAUAGCCAAAGAACACUCACUUCGAGUGAUUUUGCCAAUUUUGAUUUCCAAAUUAUCGAUUUCAUAGACAAGUCACAAAUAUUUGAUGCCAAUCAUAAGUUGUUGCUAAACAAUCCUGAUCCUCACGGUGUUGCGGAAGAUACAUUAGCUGCGCCACCAGACCCAUCAUCCCUAUUUGCCAUGAGCCAUCAAGAGGAGAAUAUGAUGUUGAAACAUUUUUUCAAAAAAUUAUUGCCAUUGUUGGAUGGGCAUCCCAAAUCGCCUUGGCCGGAUUUAGCAUUGCAAUAUUGUGAUUUCGAUAUAGCCAGAAGCUGUUUCAUAUCAUUGGCAUGUAUUCAUUUGUAUGAGAGUCGAGCUGGUGGAAGUGAAUUGUAUCAAAAGGGUCUUGCUCACAUAAACAACACCAUGGACCACUUGAUACACUAUAUUCGAGAAAAUUCAAACAGAAUGAAUAAAGAGCAGGAUAAUGAUGCAUUAGUUGACCAGAGCAAGAAGCAUAUAAGCUACUUUGUUAUAUUAGUACUCAUGAAUGUGCAUUUGUUAUUUGCUGUUCUCGAAAAGGGAAAAAGCUCUAUUGCUAGAGAGUUUUUCAAAAUCUUUGCCAGUAUAUGUAAGGAUCCAGUAUUUUAUAAUCAAAUAUUGAAGACAAGUGAUAAGAGACGAUCUUUGGCGGUUGUGCUAAGCUGGUAUGACACAGUCAGUGCAAUAGUUACUCCAGAUUGCCGUGAUCCAUAUUGUUUGCCUCAAUGGUAUGGAGAAGCUAAGGAUAACAUUUCUACAUCAAAGAUGAUGGGAUGUCCUGGCGAAAUUUUCGUUGCAAUGGCAGAAGUUUGCCAAUUAAGGAAUAAAAAGUUUAAUGGGUUGCUAGCAUCUGAGGACAAGAAUGUCGCAUAUACGCGAAUACGAUAUGCGUUAGUGAGUUACCGAGACUACGUUUUAACUUUUGACAAAGACAGUAAUGAAACGUAUAUCAAUAGAUUAAAGUGUGCUUUAUGUUGGUCGUUAGCAGUGUGGAUCACUUUGAAUAAGGUGAUUGAACCUGAGAACUACAUCGCAACAAAUCAAAAGUUGACAAAUGAAUUCAUUCACACGUAUGAUCAAAUGGACCCCAAGUCGUCAUUGGUAACACAAAUGGUGUGGCCUGUGUAUGCCAUCGGUUGCGAAUGUAAGACUGAUUGGGAACGAUCGUACUUGACUCGAUUUAUGGACAAUAUUUAUGAGAAUACAAAAAUGGGGACAACUGCGUCAUUAAAGGAGAUUGUGUUGAAUGUGUGGGAUAGAAAUAUAACCCAAGAGGAGUAUUUAAUGGAGUGGUUGGGUAAGGGAGUUGAUUAUUUACCUUUGUAG